AUGGUGAUUCUCCCCAGGCCAAUCGGAUUUACCGGCGACUCUGGCGUUCUUAACCUGCCGAGCACCAACCUUUCUCUGCUUGUGCCGCCGAAUAGCACCACGACAAAUUGCUGCUAUCAAUUUGGCCUGACAGAGCUCCCUCUAAAAGCACAAGCAAGCAUCGAUAAUGGUCUUUUCGAUGUACUCAGCCGUCUAUUCACCCUUUCACAGCUUCUUGCCGUACCCACACUUUUCGGCAGAGGCGACGGUCAAGUAUGGACACAUUCCGAACAGCAGUAUCCAGCCUUGUUGCGAUGGAAAGAGCAGAGAGUUCCCUCCCUCUUGGCCCAACUAUCUGAAUCACUGCAGCAGCUCAACAAAAGCAACGCAUCAUCUGCGUCUGGCGCAACCUCACAGACCGUACACCUCGUACUUGGCCACGUAGUUUGCGCUGUCGCACGUUAUCUUCCUCUGUCUCCCACAUUCAUCGACCCUGGAUCUACUGCGCCUCCCACAGCACCGCACCAAGACGGCUGGAUCAGCGAAGCAUCAUCGACUCAAGCUCGUGUUAUCCUCUCGGGCUUGCAUUCGCAGCAUCCACCUUCAACCUCCGCCAUCGCGCCAGCCCUGCUGUCAGAUUACAUCAAGCCCAUCAUUCGCGAGGCCGCAUCCUCCUCUUCCGCAUCCAUCAGUUCCGUCAACCCGCAGACGGGUCGCAAGAAUCCUCCUGCAGCAGGAUCCCAAUUCAUCUCGCCUUUGGAUACAAACUUGGGCCAGCAUCGUUUUCAAAGUGCGGGUGAAGACGGGGAUGCCUCGAAUCUGGUACCACGAAAAUUUGGUGCUCAGCUGUCGAACGAAGUGCUCGAGAAGGUCGGCCUGGAGGCGAGCUUUGGAACAGGGGAGGCAUGCGACGAUCGAAAUGAAGCUUUGGGAUGCGUGAACGUGCUGGCUUGGUGUUUGGAUCAUUUGCAGCUGGAAGUGGAAUCGGAUUGGGUGGACGCUUGGCCGUUGGUGGUGCCUGCGUUGUUGACAUUAUUGGAGCAUCCACAACCGCGAUUCAGAUUGCAAGGGAGUUGGCUGGUUCACCGACUACUCUCACGACCCAGUCGAUCAGAACAUGUAACAGAAGAUAUGGUCGAAGCGGAUCCCUCUGCCGUUCGGAGGCGAGAGAACGUCGUCGGCAAGAUGCUCAUCCGCACCGGCAUCGGCAGCCUACUGGAACGUGGCUUGCACGUCAACCUCACCUAUGUUCACGAUGCAGAAUACGCACCUGCGCUUCUCUAUCAUUCCAUUGGUUCUCUUCGACAGCUGAUCCUAUUGACCACCCAUCGUAUCGCAUACCGCGACCCUUCUGAACCGCUUCUUGCUCCACCUUUGAUCGCACCAAGCGAGAUCAAGAAUACAGCAUCGAUCGACGAUCGAAACGACUGUGGCAGACGUCGGAUGGAGGCGCUGUUUCGCUUGGUUUCCGAGUCGAUUUUGUCCACCUGGUCAUAUCUCCCGCUGCCACCAGCGAGCACGCGUUUAGGUCGAGCAUUGGUCGACGUCACUUGCUCAGCAUACAUGAUGCUCGCAGACGAUCUUUGCCCACCACUGCCGUUCAAGAGCCUCGGUGGCAGCGCAAGGUUCUUGGACGUCUCGAUCGAUUGGAUCUUCCGCAGUUGGCUAUCCCACCUCACCUUGGACCACAUGGAUCAACUCAGCAUCACCAUCAAAGUGAUACGCCUUGCGAGUCGUCUACUCUUCUGCAACGCUAGCGAGGCUGAGCCAGAGAUCGGCACAUCGACUCGAUUCCUUGCACUCAUUCUAUCCUCCACUGCAAAAUGCUACAUCUCUUCGCUGGAAUCUCGCCUUCGAACGCGUUCUCACACCGCGACAGCAGCAAGCGCAUUGUUGUCGCAAUUGGAUGAAUCUCUAGCCACGUUCUUGGAGACCUUGUCGAGAUCCAACGCGUCAGUUGCAUCGCGGUGGGCACAGUUGGUCAAGCUAGACCAACGAUUGGAAGCGCUACUGCCUUCCUCGAUGUCAUCCUGA